AUGUCAGUCCAGCCUGAAAAAGACGGAUUUCUCCUAGAAUCGCCCUCACUGGUGCCUAUAACUGGGCCUGAGGCAUAUGAAGCCCAGGAACGCGCACUGGAGCAACCGAUAACCCCUCCACCACCACCAAAUGGAGGAGUUGUUGCCUGGCUUCAGGUAGCAGGGGCAUUCUUUCUGUUUUUUAAUUCUUGGGGAGUGGUGAAUACCUUUGGUGUAUUCCAGAGCUACUAUGAAGAAACUCUCCUCCCUGGCCACUCGCCAUCCUCCAUUUCUUGGAUUGGCACCAUGCAAGGUUUCCUUCUCUUUUUGGUGGGAGUUAUUGUUGGCCCUAUUUUCGAUAAGGGUUAUCUCAAAAGCCUCAUUGCAAUCGGCUCAUUCCUUGUGGUGUUUGGUUUGAUGAUGACUUCCUUGUCGACGAAAUACUACCAGGUCUUUUUGGCCCACGGCGUGGUAGUGGGAAUUGGCUGCGCCUUUGUGUUUCUUCCAAGUAUUGUUAUUGUGGCCACCUACUUCACCUCACGGCGCGCGAUAGCGACGGGUAUCACUGCUUCCGGUGGUAGUAUCGGCGCCGUGAUCUACCCUAUCAUGUUUCACAAGCUGAUCGAACCUGUUGGAUUUGACUGGACAACUCGUAUUAUUGCCUUCGUUGUCCUAGCCGGGCUAUCGUUCUCGUUGGCUGUGAUGAAGAUGCGCCCUUCACCCCCUAAGGAGACUACAUCAAAGAUUGAUCUAAAGGCUGCGUUCUUCGAAACACCAUAUUUUAUUUUCAAUUGUGGGCUCUUCUUUUCCUUCGUGGGCUUGUACUUCGCGUUCUUCUACCUCCCAACCUACUUUACCUCCUUCCUCCACUCCGAUGCCGACAUUGGGUUUUACAGUAUCGCCAUUCUAAAUGCUGCCUCUGUCUUUGGGCGCAUUAUGCCCGGCUUUCUUGCAGACCGCAUUGGAUGUCUCAAUACCCUCGUUCCAAUCAGCUUAAUCGCCACGAUCUUAGCCUUUGUAUGGCUCGGUAUACGGAAUGAAGCCGGCGCAAUUGUCUUUGCCUGUCUCUACGGAUUUAGUUCAGGGGCAAUUGUAUCGAUACCGCCUACGAUUGUGGCGCGGCUGACCCCAAAUGUCAGCAUUAUUGGCACCCGACUGGGAAUGUCUUUUACCUUUGCGGGUACAGGGCUGCUUAUUGGUAACCCUAUUGCAGGGGCCUUGUUGGACUUGGAGCACGCAGUAUUCUGGAAAGCACAAAUUUUCAGUGCUAUUACGUUGGUCGUAGGAACCAUUCUUUUCAUGUGGACGCGACUACUUAAAGGUAGAAAGGAAGGGGCAUGGAAGAUAUGA